GGAAAAGGUACUGAGUACUAACAAAGACCUGUAUUAAUAUACACCAUCUUCAACCAUAAAAACCGUAUAUCCAUUACCAAAAUAAGAAGUUUUCAGAAUGGUAUUUCAACUUGAAUCUCGAUUUUCCUUGGCCCGAAUGAAGAUAACAUAGCCACGCAAGACGACUCUUGAAAUAUACCCUACUAUGCUCUGUAUAUCCAUAGCGUUUAGUUCAUUUUUCGUUGUUUUUAUAGUUUGUGAGAAUGAAAAUGGCGAUUAAGAAUACUGUUAACAUUUUACCGCCUGGAUCACACUAUGCUAUGAUAUGACAGUGUUGCCACUACAUUUGUUCAACAUCAAAAAUGAAUCUUCUACGAAUUUAAGGUUUGGCUAACCUUCAAAACAGAAGUCCCAAAAUGGUUUGCGAAAAAAUUGAAAAUGAUAAGCAAAGAAAAGAAUCAUGUUAAAUGGUGAUUUUUCGUCAAUUUUCACAAUUUCAAGCACUACUAAUCGGUGAAAAGUGAACAAAAUGAAACAGAAAAGCCAUUUAACAACUCACAAUUUCUUCAAGAAGGAGCAUAGGAAAGUCAGAGAUAUCUACAUCUACUUGCCACUAGCAAUUUUAGCUUUGCUGGGCUCCAUCUUGACAGUAAGGGAUCUAGAAUGGGAUAGCCACAUUUCUACUGGAAGAGGAAUUAUUUUAUUCUUUUGUGGUUUGGUCUUUUUCACCAGCCUUUAUCUAGCUCUGAAUGUCUUGUUUCUACAUACACCUCAGGGUCGACGCAUCUCCAAAAUUUAUAAACUGACUUAUGGAGAUGUCAUUGACAUUAGCAACAAGGAGGUGUCGGCAGUACAAGCCCUUUUCUGUUGCAUCACUGGUGUUACCUGUGUAUGCUACUCAUGUAACAGAAAUGCUUUACGUAGUUCGCACUACAUUUCUGAAGCGUACGGAUGGUUCGGAGCGGCCUAUUUCCUGUAUGAUAUCUGGUCCAUGUACAUGGUAUUUGCAGCCACGCAUGUCCAGACAGACACUGGUAGCAACAGCUAUUUUGAUAAGGUCGUGCGUAAGGCGUUUAUGAUACUGGCAUAUCUGAAGCACAAUGCCAUGAUUGUUGGACAUCAUAUAUUCAUUGGCGGAUUUGGGUUUUUGGUUAUAACGAGUCUCAGGGGAGAUUUUGGCGACUGCUUCUUUGGCUUUGUGUACCUGAUGGAGGCCAGCACUCCUUUUGUAUCCUUACGUGGCAUUCUGUCCAAAAUUGGCAUGAAGAACCAUCCGGUCUACGUGAUGAACGGGCUUAUUAUGUUGGUAGUGUUCUUCAUCUGCCGGAUAGCUAUGUUCCCGUACACAAUUUAUGUGUAUUCUAGAACCAUUGGUACUGAUUUUAUAUCGGCAAUCCAGACGUUACCAAAGGGGUGUCUAGUUAGCAUUUUGAUCCUAUUGAUACCCCAAAUCUACUGGUUCCAUCUAAUGUUGAUUGGUGCUACAAAAGUCAUCAAAAAGUCUGCAUCCAACAACAACAAUCUAAGGAACGUGAAAAAUGUGAGACACGCGAAAAACAAAUAAGUUGCCAUAGGUGAUGUUAUCGAAUUUAACAAAGGCUAUUUAAAUGUUUCAAUGUUUAAAAUAUGUAAUUUAUCGAAUAAUCAAUACAACAGCGCACUGAACUGGUCGAUCUGAACUACAUAUACAUGUAAAAUGUCGAGCUUACAAGAGUUUGGAUUAUUUUUAUAUAAAAAUAGUUUUUGUUAUUAUUCCAAAUGGUAUUAUAUCUUUGGAAUUUACGUGGCUAGUUUAAACAAGCUUUAAAACGGAGAUUGGCAAGAUGUUCUACAAUGCGCAACAGUAAAACCUUCAUGAUUUAGUCUUUGGUUCUGCGUUAGUCGUUAUACCGUUACAGUUUUUCAUGGUAGAUUUCUAAUGACUGGAGGUUUACAUUUUCUAAUUUCAUAUCAUAAAGUCGUGAAAGUAUAUCCAAUUUGUUGAUCGUAUGAUGUGGCUACUAUUAGUUUUGGAGCAUUUUACAUAAUACUGGACUAAAGCACAAUAACUAGGUAUGGACACAAUCUUAAUGUAAUGUUUUAGACAUUUUUUAUACAGUUACAAUAUUUUCCUAAUGAGUACAGACUUGCCCCAUACUAAUUUUCUGCUUAAAUGUAUUAAAAAAUACAUCUAGUUAACUUAAAAAUUAAAGGCUAUUAAACUCAACACAGCUUUUUUGAUCAUUUGUAGACUUCCGAUUGUUAGAAAUUAAACUAUGCUUCCGAUCUCAGCUGGCAUCUUUUCUGAACGGGUAAAUAUUAAUGCAUUUAUCAAAAGACAAAUCUGUGAUUGCAAUGUAGGAGGUAUUCAAUGAAUAGUGAUUACUAUUGUUUCAUACGAAGACCGUUUUCGAAAAUAACGCAGAACCCAUUGUGGACAAUUUUGAAGGUUUUCUUAUCGCACCAUGGGUAAACUGAUUGUCAACAGUUAUGCACAUAAUUCUCAGGCAGGCGUCUGUUAGUGAUCAUUUUAGAUUAUAGCAGGUUUUUAUUCCCACGUAUUUUCGUUCACUAACUCUAAAAUGGUUUACGAACUUUCAAUAUAACCUCUAAGGCCCGGUUUUACAAUUGCAGGUUAACUAUAACUUCCCUGAUAACCGGAAUUUAACUCUAAAAAAGCGUUUUUCCAUGUCAGGUUUGUAAUGGAUUGCGGUGGAAUGACAGCUGAUUAUCUAGGAAUAUAUCAAAAUUCCUCAUAUCAGCAAACGACCUAUAAUUAUGACAGUGACAUAAGCUGUCACGGAUGACAGAAGACAUAAACACCUAUCAUAACAUGUACAGAAUACGAUAGUUCAACUGUAGACGCAGCGUUGCCCCUUUGGCAAUCGCUAUGAUCUCAAUCUGAUUGCUAUAAUUGUCGCUUGUCUCCAGCCUACGUUACGCGUACUCUUUGUGAUCCCCAUCUAUGGAGUAACGACCUAUAGCAUAGAGCUUACAGCUACAAAGCCACCGCACACAGGCCAAGUAUCUUGACGUUUAGGCAAAAUUAGAAGUGAACAUGAAGCUAAGGAUAGCUAGUUCCAAAGUGACAAAUGGAGAUCAUUUUCUAUUUAUGUAAUAGGGGUGCGGAAAUUGAAAAGCGAGUUUACGGGCAACGGAUAAUUGACCUCCAAGUUUCAGUUAUCUAAUUUAAAAGUUAACUUGCUAUUGGAAAACUGGGUCCAAGCAUGUGCACGACAACACGGUACAGCACGUUUAUGAAUGUUUAGCAUCUUUCGGUGUUUUGCAUGCUCCUUUGUUUGUUUGAAUGUUAUGUUCCUUUGUUGUAACGAAUUAUGUUUUGUCAAUCAGUUUACCGCUAUAGUGAAAAACAUGUUUAUAAAUGUGUAUAAGUUUAUAUUUACUGAAACAUACUUCGUUUACCUUGAUAAAUGUGAUGUAAUAUUAAAUGUGUUAAAUGUUAUAAAUGCACCAAAUACAUAUUAUGUAAUAAAUGUAUGUCAGUCAGUAUUUAAAUACUUAGUUUGCGAGGCACUCACUUUCAUAUUGUCAAUCCAGUCCGAGUGAGUGCAUCCCGACUAGCUUAAAUUAUUUUUUUAUUUAUUUUUACUGAUCUUUACGACUGUGUUCAUAAUCUAUAAAUGGAAUAAAAUUCAGUGGAAUGUU